GUUAUCUUGGCAAUUUUCAUAUGAAUAACUGGAAACAUGAACGAUUCCAAAACUAACUUCUCUUGCAAUUGUUCUGAUUGCGGUGUUCAAGCUGCUUGGAAUCUGCGCAGGAAUGUCUCCGUCAUUGACAAGGCUUCCGAUCUCGGAGAGGUUGGCGUCAGCUGUAGAACGUUCCCUGGAAUGCGCCUAAUUGUUUUCAUCGUUUUCGUCAUGUCAGUCUCAAUCAUUGUUGCUAUCCAUUUUCCGCAAGCAAUUCGACCCUAUAGUUUUUCGUAACCUCGAAAGUCAUAUUUUAUUCCACACGCUGUUUUAAGACUUGGCUGUUGACUUAUCAUGUUGUGCUACGUUUACAAUGUUCAUCCCAUGUGUAAUUCGCAUUUGACAACUACCGUAGAUGAGC